GAGAGCGAGAAAAAAAUAAUAAUAUAAAAAUAAAAGAAAGAAAGAAAAUAAGAAAGAGACAGAAAGAAAAAAAGAAUAGACCAAAGGAAAACGAGACAACUUGAUAAUAAUGAAAACGAGAAAGCGAGAAGAAGACCCACCUCCUUGGCGCGGCCGUAUUGACUCCGCCCCCGAAGGUGUCGCCGCUGAUUCCAGGUCGGAGGCGGAGUCGGCGAGAGGCCACAGGGUCAGUGUUUGUCAGGUGGUGGCGGAGUGAGGCUGCGCUCCUCCGUGCUCGUGCUGCGCUAACUGGCCCGCUCCCUAGUGACCGUCUUUGGCACUCAAUGAAGGGAUCUUGGCUCGGGCGUUCUCAUGGACACUUCAAGUGAGUUGUUCGUCGGAUAAGGUCAUCUCAGAAGAGGAGGAGACGCGAAAAAUGACGAGGGUGUUAUCGACUAGUUUGGCCACAGUGUUAGCGGCGGUGACCCUGCUCGCGCACUCUUGCCAUGCCAAGGGGUCUUCGGGCAACACCGAGUCCAUCGAGGAGCUGGACCUUCUGCAGGGCAUCGCCGUGCCCUUCGGCGACCCCACCACCCAGUACUUCGUCACGGGCUUCGACGGCUUCCCGGCUUUCGGCUUCAAGGCUGGCGCGAGUAUCAAGCACCCCUACCGACUCUUUCUGCCGGAGAGGCUCUACAGGCAGUUCUCGAUCCUCGUUGCCGUGAAGCCCGACACCGCAGAGCCGAUGUUCCUGUUUGCCGUCGUCAAUCCCCUCGAGAACCUGAUCCAACUCGGGGUCUCCAUCACGCCGGGCAACGUGGGAUCAACCAACAUCUCCCUUUACUACACGGACGGCGAGCGGCACAUGACCUCGCAGACGAUCGCCUCCUUUCUGGUGCCGCAGUUCACCGGCAUCUGGACCAGGUUCGCCUUCAAGGUCACGGAGGAGGAGAUCCACCUGUGGUUCAACUGCCAGCUCUCCAACAUGCUGCUCGUCAAGAGAAUUCCGCAGCAGCUGGUGUUCGACUCGGCCUCGACGCUGUACAUCGGCCAAGCGGGAGGCAUCUUUAAGGGCGAGUUCGAGGGGGCGCUGCAGGAACUCAAGAUCUACAGCUCGCCAGACCUCGCGGCCGUCCAGUGCGAAAACAACUUUGCGGUGAGUACAUCUUAAUGGUAUACAGAAGAGGGGCAGUGCGAGGUGAGUCAUAAGGUACAGUAACACUUUUUAUCUUUUGUUAAGCGAAGACAAGUGAAAAAAAAAAAUAAUAGUAAUAA